AUGCACUCUGGUCCGUACUCUGAGCUACCUGAUGCAGUGCCAUCCAAGCCCCAGCAGCCCUAUAACCCUCAAAAUCCCCAGCAGGCCGGAGACAAGCCUAAGCCCCACCAGCCCAAGCCCUAUGAGCCAGCCUACCCUUCAAAUCCCCUGCAGUCUAAGUACCAGCCCAAACCCCAGCAGGCCAAGCCCUACCAGCCUUCCUAUCCUUCAAAUCUUCAGCAGCCCAAACCGCAGCUGUCCAAGCCAUACCAGCCUGCCAACCCUUCAAAUCCUCAGCAGUCCAAGCCCUACCAGCCUGCCAGCCCUCUGACUCCUCAGCAGUCCGAGCCCUACCAGCCUGCCAAGCCUUCAAAUCGUCCGCAGGCCAAGCCCUACAAGCCCGCCUACCCUUCAAAUCCUCAGCAGGCCAAGCCCUACCACCCUUCAAAUCCUCAGCAGUCUAAGCUCUACCAGCCCGCCUACCCUUCAAAUCCUCAGCAGGCCAAGCCCUACCAGCCUGCCAGCCCUUCAAAUCCUCAGCAGUCCAAGCCCUACCAGCCAGCCUCUCUUUCAAACCCUCAGCAGUCCAAGCCCUACCAGUCCGCCUACCCUUCAAAUCCUCAGCAGGCCAAGCCCUACCAGCCUUCAAAUCCUCAGGAGGCCAAGCACUACCAGCCUGCCUACCCUUCAAAUCCUCAGCAUGCCAAGCCCUACCAGCCCGCCUACCCUUCAAAUCCUCAGCAGGCCAAGCCCUACCACCCUUCAAAUCCUCAGCAGUCUAAGCUCUACCAGCCUGCCAACCCUUCAAAUCCUCAGCAGUCCAAGCCCUACCAGCCUGCCUACCCUUCAAAUCCUCAGCAGGCCAAGCCCUACCAGCCCGCCUACCCUUCAAAUCCUCAGCAGGCCAAGCCCUACCAGCCUUCAAAUCCUCAGCAGUCUAAGCUCUACCAGCCUGCCAACCCUUCAAAUCCUCAGCAAGCCAAGCCCUACCAGCCUGCCUACCCUUCAAAUCCUCAGCAGCAGUCCAAGCCCUACCAGCCUGCCAACCCUUCAAAUCCUCAGCAGUCCAAGCCCUACCAGUCCGACUACCCUUCAAAUCCUCAGCAGGCCAAGCCCUACCAGCCCGCCUACCCUUCAAAUCCUCAGCAGCAGGCCAAGCCCUACCAGCCUUCAAAUCCUCAGCAGUCCAAGCUGUACCAGCCUGCCAACCCUUCAAAUCCUCAGCAGGCCAAGCCCUACCAGCCUGCUUACCCUUCAAAUCCUCAGCAGGCCAAGCCCUACCAGCCUGCCAAGCCUUCAAAUCCUCAGCAGUCCAAGCCCUACCAGUCCGCCUACCCUUCAAAUCCUCAGCAGGCCAAGCCCUACCAGCCUGCCUACCCUUCAAAUCCUCAGCAGGCCAAGCCCUACCAGCCCGCCUACCCUUCAAAUCCUCAGCAGGCCAAGCCCUACCAGCCCGCCUACCCUUCAAAUCCUCAGCAGGCCAAGCCCUACCAGCCUUCAAAUCCUCAGCAGUCUAAGCUGUACCAGCCUGCCAACCCUUCAAAUCCUCAGCAGGCCAAGCCCUACCAGCCUGCCUACCCUUCAAAUCCUCAGCAGUCCAAGCCCUACCAGCCUGCCAAGCCUUCAAAUCCUCAGCAGUCCAAGCCCUACCAGUCCGCCUACCCUUCAAAUCCUCAGCAGGCCAAGCCCUACCAGCCCACCUACCCUUCAAAUCCUCAGCAGGCCAAGCCCUACCAGCCCGCCUACCCUUCGAAUCCUCAGCAGGCCAAGCCCUACCAGCCUUCAAAUCCUCAGCAGGCCAAGCCCUACCAGCCCGCCUACCCUUCAAAUCCUCAGCAGGCCAAGCCCUACCAGCCUUCAAAUCCUCAGCAGGCCAAGCCCUACCAGCCUUUCUACCCUUCAAAUCCUCAGCUGCCCAAACCUCAGCAGGCUAAGCCCUACCAGCCUGUCAAUCCUUUGAAUCCUCAGCAGGCCAAGCCCUACCAGCCUACCUACCCUUCAAACCCUAGGCAGCCUAAACCUCAGCAGGCCAAACCCCUGCAAGGGCCACUCCAAACUAAAGCUGAAAUGUGGGACAUUUCUCCUUCUGAAGGAAGUGUUGCUUCUGGCUCUAAUGUGCACCCCACUGACUCAAACCCACCAUUGAAUGUUGAUCCAAGAAGUUUGAGAGAACUUCCAAUGUCCUUCCCGUACCAGCCCAGGUGGCAGCAACAAAUGGUGCCAGUGUAGAACAGACACCAUUGACCUUCCUAACUGUUACUGAACUUGCCUGGAAGAAGUCUGUACUGGCCUCAACUUUGAAUUCAAUAAAAUGAUUGGAACACAUU